AUGAGUGCAGAUUUUGAGUCAGGAAUUGUGAGUGCGGAUUUUGAGUCAGGAAUUGUGAGUGCGGAUUUUGAGUCAGGAAUUAUGAGUGUAGAUUUUGAGUCAGGAAUUGUGAGUGCGGGUUUUGAGUCAGGAAUUGUGAGUGUAGAUUUUGAGUCAGGAAUUAUGAGUGCAGAUUUUGAGUCAGGAAUUGUGAGUGUAGAUUUUGAGUCAGGAAUUAUGAGUGCAGAUUUUGAGUCAGGAAUUGUGAGUGCGGGUUUUGAGUCAGGAAUUGUGAGUGUAGAUUUUGAGUCAGGAAUUGUGAGUGUAGAUUUUGAGUCAGGAAUUGUGAGUGCGGAUUUUGAAUUUAAACUUAUGAAAGAAAGUGACGACUGUUGUUGUGAUGGCGGCUGA